AUGUCCUACGCCGAACACGGCUCUAGAAUAUUUCUGACGGGACAAUUCAACCCGAAUCCUCUCUUGAGAUAUGGCGAAUACGUCACGAGAAAACGGUCCGAGGGGCGCCUUAAAUUAUUCGAUUCCUGCUCGGAUCUUCGAGCUUGGAGCCCACACGCGAUCGACAAUUGUCGUCAUUUUCGCGAAAUCAUCGAGAAACGCACACCGUCUGGAAGAAUCGUACCUUACGACGUUCUGAUCGAAAGCCUCAUCAUAAUGGGACAAACGGAGCUGGCUUCGGUUCGUCGCCAAUUGGAAAAAUACAAAUCUCUUCGUCUUACUCCGGAUCAGAAAAAACAACUCAGAGCUAUGGAUUACUCGAGCGACGUACAAGCGGAAACGAGCGCGACAACGAUUUCCCAAGAAUCAAGAAUCGUUGAGGACGAAUCCGGGAUUCCAAAACGGCCUGGAACUCCCGCACAAUCGAUUUGUAGCUCGUCGAGCAAUUUUCAGGACAUCGAAAUUGACAGCAGCUCGUCCACCGACGAUAAUUCGGGCAGCCAAGAAGCUUUCGAUUCUUCGGGAACGUACCACGAUACCAUCAAUUUGUCAAACCAACGAUCGAGACAAGAGUUCAGAUCGGGCAAUCGCUCUUCACGGAGCUACGAAAAAGAAGAUCAUCACAAAGUCAUUAUCAAAAAGGAUUCCGAGAUUAUUGCACUUAAUCACGAACUUGCUGCAAAGAAAGCUGAGCUUGAAGAAACGCGAGAAUUUUGUCAAAAACUUGAAUCCGCUCUGAACGAAAAAAUCCAUACGAUGGAGAAUAUGAAAAAAAAUCUAAAAAACUCCCAGGAAAAAUUGGUCGGUGUGACCAGUCACGUUCACGAACAAAUAGAAGAGUGGAAGAUGAAAUUUUACGAGUCAAAACGUGUAGUCGAUCAUUUUAGGAGUACGCUGGUUGAAAAAUCGCAAAAUUGUGCCGCCCACGUACAAGAAAUUCAGACCCUACGAGCACGUUAUCAGGAAGCUGAGAAGUUACGAGAGGAGAGAGACUCUCUUCUGGAAAAAAAACUGGACGAGCUCCGAAUCGUGUCAUGUCAGAAAAACGACUUGAUGAUACUGAAUAAACAACAGGCUAUUAAUCUUGCCGAUCAGGAAGACGAGAUCAAUCGGUUGUUGGUGUACAUCAAACAGAACCAGGCGAAGCAAGACAAACAAGAGAUGAGACUGAAGAACGAGCUUCAUCAAUUGCGUUCCGAACUCGAGGCGAAAACCAGUGUUCUAUCACAGCUGGAGACCCAUCAAGUAACAGUGAGAACGGAUAUCAGUCCGACCGGAAGUUUGAGCCGAGUGGAAACAUCGGAAAUUCUCAAAUUCAAAAAAGUUCUGGAGGAAGAUUCUCGAGCUGUGGAGAAAGAGUUAUCGAGACGCGCUGCUCAUAAGAACGAUUAUCAUCGAGACGAAGAAAUGGCUUCGAGGCUGCAGCAGACAAUGGUUCGCACGAGCGACGGGCCAGCUCAACGAGAAAAGCAACAUUCCCACCAAGACCUGAUGGAGUGUACCAUUGAAAAAUUGCCUAAGCAAGUAUCCGCAACGAAAAACUCCACCGAGGAAGAAGUUGUCAGAGAGGAAAAAGUCUGUACGGAUCUCAAAAAUGCGAAGGGAACCUUACAAAGACUCGUCCUCGAAUUAGAGCCAUAUGUCGAGGAACGUCGAGCUCUUAGCGAAGAAAUUAAAUGCUUGAAAGAAUCUUUAGAGUCUGUUAAACGAGAUUCUAAAGCACAAGAUGUUAAAAUGAAGAAACAACAAUGGGAGGAAGACACGAGGAAAAUAGCUCAUUUGGAAAACUUGCUGAAAGAGAAAACGCGUCAAGGAACUGACGACGAAAUGGACAAAGAAAUUGACAAAGUACUCGCGAUACAUGUGAAACGUUCGAUCGAAAGAUUGACUAAAUUGUCAUAUGGACUCAAAGGAGCUGGAGAUGAUCUGGCGAAGAUACGCGAUGAGGUCGAGAUUCGAGAAUCGGAAAUCGUCAAAUUGAAGGAACAAGUGAAAUUCCACGUUUCACGUGGCCAAGGAGACGAGGCUAACACCGAAAAAUUUAAAGAAAUCGUCAAGUUGAAAAUUGAAAAAAAACACUUGACCGACGAACUCAGGGACCGCGAGGAGUCACUGAAAAAAACUAAAGAUGAGUUGCAAUCCCGGGACUUCGAACUCAGGGGCUUGAAAAAACAGAAAAAUGAUCUCGCCGCUCAGUACAAACAAGACAUACAAAAGAUUCAGAAACAUAUUGAGACCAUCAAAAAAGAGAGAGACGGGUUUGCUAAAGAAAACGAGGGACUGAAUAAAUCGGUUGCGAUAUUCAACGAUCUCGUUGCUGAAAGCGACGAACUGAGGGCCAAGCUGGACGCACUGCAAGUUGAGAAUGCAAAGUUGAUAGAGGAGAACACGAGUAUGCUAAAGCGUUGCGAGGAAUACGAGAUUCGUCUCUUAGAUUUUUCGGAAAAAGAAAUGCAAGCGAAGGCAGACUUGGAUCGUGGGCAAUUGAAGCUCCAACAAGAGACGGCGAAGUACGAAAUGGAAUUGGAAGAAUUGCGAAGAGAGAACGAGCAGUUGGUGGAGCAGUCAGAGGCGACGAAAUCGAGAAUUUCAGAACUGACGAAAGAGCUUGAACAGUUGAGAGAAAAUAAAAAAACCUUCAACCAGAUGGACAACAUUUGGUUGGAAUUGUCGAAAUUGGGAGAGGACAAGGAAGCAUUGGACACCAGAGUGACUAGACUAAGAAGGGACUUGGAGAGUCAUCAACGCACCAAUGACAAGCUGGAAAAUGAUUUGAUGUGGCAAAUUAGUGAUAAUGAGAAAGUGCAGUUUGCGAUAGAGAAAUUGAAAGACGAUAUCGCUAUAAUUACUAACGAGCAGUCGUUCGAUGGUACAACAAAAAAAUUGCUGGCUACGCUGCCCAAUAAAAUAUCCGAAAAUCUCGAAAAAUUGAGCAAACAGCUGAGCACGAAAGAAUCAUGCGGCGGAAUCACUGAGUGGAAGCACGAAAUGGAAGACAUAAAAGAAAAAUCGAUGGAGGAUAAAGCGUUGAUGGGAAAACUACACGAAGAAAUUCUAUCGUGGAAAAAAAAGAUCACUGAGCAGGAGGAAAAAAUAAAUGCUCUGGAAGCUGCAAAUGCAGAUUUGUUGAACCAGUUAAAAAAUACUGAGAGUUCGAACAAAUCCCAAGCUGAUUUAUCGAAUGAAAUCAAGAACAAAGAGCAGGAGAUUGAAAAAUUAGCUCGAGAUGUCGAGUUCAAAAAUGGAGAGUUGAGAAACUUGAAUGAAAAAAUUGAAUCUUUGGUCAAAGAGAAAAAUGAGAUGUGCAACGAAUUGAAGGUCGAGCAAGAAGUACGAGGGAACCUGUUGAAAGAUGUCCAACAAAAGUAUAAUGAAAGAAUCAAAGUUUUGGAGGCUCGCCAUGACGACAGCAUUAAAAAUUUUUUAGCACAGCAGGAAGAGCUCAUGAAACACAACGGAAACGUUCUUGAUCCGGAAUUGCUCAAAUCCUUGACGACGAAAGAAUUGACUGAUCUGCAUAAACGACUUUGCGCCCUAAGUCCAUGUGAAAGUAUCGUCGAUGCCGCUACCAAAACUCGGGCUCUCAACGACAAGCAGAAUCAGGAACUACAACUAAAGGAGAAACUCCACACGGACACGUUUCACCGGAAAAAUGAGUACGAGAAAGAGUCGCUAAUCGGGCGAUACGUUUACGAGCGAAGAAACUUUGACGACGCGAAAUACAAAUCCGUGGAAACGUCAUAUGAUAAUAAUAACGUGAUGACGCGGAAGAGAAAAAACUUUAUUCAAGAAUGCGCAGCGAAGCACAAGUACGAUAUUAGCCAUUGAGUUUCAGUCUCCCGGAAAAUGCAACUCGAAAAAUAUGAUUUUUUUAAUUCAAUUAUAUCGGGACUGACGGUCAGUUAAGUAUUGUGGAACGUUUGUAUAUGAAUGUACGUAUUUUUCAUUUAUACGUCGAAAGUCGUAAGGCUUCGAGUUAAUUAACAUUUUUUACGGAUUAAAAGAUUUACGUGAGAUUUAGUCGCUGAUUAUUUAGUUUCUUAAAUAAAUUUAGGUUUAACGAACACAUUUUUUCCAACGAAGAUCGUCGCCACAGAGAUUGGUAGAAAAAUAUCAAAAAAUUCGGAAGUAUUCCGUUUGAUAUUACGAUAAAUUCGUUUCUUACUCUGACUCAGAAUCGUAUAUUUUCCUGCUUAAAAGAUGUAAGCAUGCCGGAAUAAAAAUCGUACAAACUCGGUCGCAACACGGUUCUUUCAGAACCAUAUCUACCGAAAUUCGAUAUUCUACUAGAAA